UGUUCCCCGAGCCCCGAAUGCAGCCUUACUCCUACUUCUGACAUUUACCACGUGACUGCACGUGACCAUGUGAGAUCGUAGAAUGAGAAAGCGAAUGAAAGACAACGAUGUUUUUUUCCCGCUUACUUAUUAAAGUUGAAAUAAGAGGAGAUCUUAAAAUAGAAGAAAUCCUCUUCUAGUUUAGAAUAGAGAAAAUCGAUUCUAUACGCCUGUAUCAGAGUAAACACAUAUAUAUACAUGUCAACAUAAUUCAAUUAUAUUUUCGAAAUCGUAGACUAUAUGUCUAUGUUUGAAAUGUACUAUUCUGUAUCAGAGUGCCCCCCUUCCAGUUUAUUCCUAAAAUAUAUGAACUUUGAGAAUAUAAAUAAACUAACCUGAAAAAUUAAUCAAGUCGAAUAUUUCUCUGAUAUCACGAAUCCAAACUUCACGGGCGCUAUUAGAUAAUCGUUCCGGCAAUAGUGAACUUGAUAAUCGACUCGCACUAGCACUAUACGAAUUAUGAGCUUUUGGUUUGAUUUAGUGAAAAACGCAUUUUUCAGAAUGUUGCAAUUGUUGUCGUUUGGUAAACGAAAGAUAUCGAAUUCUUUGAGCAUAUAUAUUAAAACAAAUACAGGGAGCACACUCUCUGUCGAAUUAGAUCCGAAAUGGGAUAUCAAGAAUUUGAAGGAAAUUGUUGCUCCUCAGAUGGGGAUAGCGCCGGAAAACAUUAAAAUUAUAUUUGCAGGUAAAGAACUGCAUAAUUCAACUAUAAUAGAGGAAUGCGAUUUAGGUCAACAAAGUAUCUUGCAUGCAGUACGAACGUCCCAUAAAAUGCUUGAUAAAAAGAAGAAUACCACAAAUCUUAUAGAAGAAUCCAUAUCUGAAGCAUCCGAUUUGAAUGACAGUGCUGGGAGCAAACCUAUGAAUGAGACGCUUAUGGAUUUACCUUUGGAUGAGUCUGAUCAAAAUUUAUCCCUAGAAGAGCAGCAAGAAAAUCGAGCACAUUUUUAUGUAUAUUGUUCAGCGCCGUGUAAAAAUGUGACAGCGGGUAAAUUAAGGGUCAAAUGUGCAAGAUGUGAUAGCGGUGCUGUCACUGUCGAUAGAGAUCCUCAAUGCUGGCCAGAUGUAUUGCAACCAAGAAGGAUAACUGUAAACUGCGAGAGUGAUUUUUGUCCUGUAACCUCAAGUAUGCUUAGGGAAGAGACAGAGUCUCAAGUUUCUUAUGCACAUUUUUAUUUUAAAUGCGCAAAACAUCCUAGUCUAGGAGAAAACGACGAAGCCGUACCGCUAUAUCUCGUAAAGCCAAAUUUAAGAAAUAUUCCUUGUUUGGCGUGCACAGAUGUCAGAGAAACUGUAUUAGUAUUUCCAUGCGAAGCUGGGCACGUAACUUGUCUCGACUGCUUUUGUGAAUAUUGUACGAUACGUUUACAUGAGCGACGAUUUGAAUUUGAUGAGGAAUAUUAUACUUUACCAUGUCCCGCUGGAUGUCCCAAUUCUUUUAUUCGUGAAGUGCAUCAUUUUCAUCUUCUUGGCAUAGAACAGUACGAGAGAUAUCAGAGAUUUAGUACGGAAGAACAUGUUUUACGCGCUGGUGGUCUUUUGUGUCCAAGACCAGAUUGUGGAAUGGGUAUUAUACCACCUUCUAUGGAAGAUAAUAGAGAGUGUCGCAGAAUCCAGUGUAUCGGUGGAUGUGGUUAUGUUUUUUGUAGAAUCUGUUUACAAGGAUAUCAUGUAGGAGAAUGUGAAUCGCAAAUGUCGGACGCAUCUACAAGUGUCUUUUCUUCUAAACAUUAUUCAGUGGAUCCUCUCAAAGCUAACCAAGCUAAAUGGGACGAAGCUAGUAAAAAGACAAUACAAAUAUCUACGAAACCUUGUCCAAAAUGCAGAACUCCUACUGAAAGAGAUGGUGGCUGCAUGCAUAUGGUGUGCACAAGAGCAGGAUGUGGUUACCACUGGUGCUGGAUGUGUCAAACGGAAUGGACUAGAGAAUGUAUGGGGAAUCAUUGGUUUGGAUAAUACGUUGGAAGAAAAUUUUAUGUCAGUUUAAUCAUAACACGUAUGAUAGCUGGAAAGUUAUAUAUAU